CGUCCCGGGCGUUCGAGCGAGCUGGUCGCCCGGUCUGUAGUUCCCAAGUGUUUCGCCAGUUCCAUGCGACCAAUUGACCAGCCUUAAUCGUUUCGUCUGUCCGCCUUGUCCGUUCAUUCUGGCGCGCGAUUUUCUUCGAAGUUUUCAUCCGCGACUUUCAAUUAUGAUCGAUAUUCGUUCAGGUUCCUCAUUGCCACGGGACAGUCGCGCGUAUUAACGUCGAAAGGGGUUAAAUGAUCAACAAUCGAUUUGAUUAUCCAUUAUUUGUGAUUGAAUUGUUCAAUCGGCAUGAAAAGUCGAUCAAAGUAGCCAAAAUGAAAUUAUAAAACUAAUAGUUAUAUAACGACAAUAUAGUGAUGUCCUUUGAAUGUCUUAAAAUACGCGCCAAGGAAAUAGACUAGCAGAAGACCGAAAAUAGCCGAAUGCGUCAUACUUCACGAACACUGUCCAGCCAAUGGUAUUGCUCCACAUGCUCGGUUCAUUCGACUCGCACGCAUUUUCCUACUGGACGCUGCGCCGUAUUGUGACGUGUUUUCGCGAAACACGAAUGUGAACGGACGAAUUGUUAUAACAGAAAUUUCAUAAUUUUAAAAAUAAAAAUAUAUUGAGCUUCGAACAAUCAUAAUACAUUAAGAUAUCGUCGAUUAACUUUAUAUUUACGUUGACGCAAAAUUAUAGACGCGCGCGGCAACUACGCUGCAACUUGUUAAUGGCGCACUCCGCGAGGUGGCGCACGUGUGCAAUGAUUUGCCGUUCGCUGUGUCAGUCUUACGGAAGAGGAGGUUUGCUUAGCAUUUAGGAAAAAUAUUUCGUUAAGAAAAUGACGUGUGUCUCAAAUUUCUGUGCUCGCGUAUCGUGAUACGUCAUAGAAUUAUUCCUUUCAGUGUCCGGCAAGUUUAUUCGUGGCAGUUCGUUUCGUUUUUUUUCCUCUCUUCGUCUUUCUCUUUCUUUGUGUGCUCGAGUGUAUCUUAGGGACCUGUAGCUAACCUAAAUAUUCGACAGCCGUAACGUAAUUUCUCUGUGACACGUCGCCAACGAAUACUUCGUUAUUGGUCCUUGAAAACUAUAGUGUGAAUGAACGUGGACAGUCAUUGAACAGAUAAGAUUAAGUGACGUAUUAAUAUAGAGGUAACCAUGGAGGACGGCCAUUGCAAAACAGUGGAAGAAGUAUUAGAAUACUUUUGCGUUGAUUCUGAUAAAGGAUUAUCUAUUGAUCAAGUUAAGAGGAAUCAGGAGAAAUAUGGUCUCAAUGAAUUGCCGGCCGAGGAGGGAAAGUCCAUAUGGCAACUCGUCCUGGAGCAAUUCGACGACCUUCUAGUUAAGAUUCUUCUAUUAGCCGCUAUUAUUUCUUUUGUAUUAGCUUUAUUUGAAGAGCACGAGGAUGCGUUCACGGCCUUCGUCGAGCCCUUCGUUAUUUUGCUCAUCCUGAUCGCCAACGCCGUGGUCGGUGUGUGGCAGGAGCGCAACGCCGAAUCUGCGAUCGAGGCGUUGAAGGAGUACGAGCCCGAGAUGGGCAAAGUGCUGCGCAUGGACAAGCCCGGUGUCCAGAGGAUUCGCGCCAAGGAGAUCGUGCCCGGCGAUGUGGUCGAAGUGUCGGUCGGUGACAAGAUCCCUGCCGAUAUCCGUCUAACCAAGAUCUUCUCGACCACCCUCAGGAUCGACCAGUCUAUCCUGACCGGUGAAUCGGUCUCGGUUAUCAAGCACACGGACCCUGUGCCCGACCCACGUGCCGUCAAUCAGGACAAGAAGAACAUCUUGUUCUCCGGCACGAACGUAGCCGCGGGCAAAGCUCGCGGCGUGGUGAUUGGGACGGGGUUGAACACCGCGAUUGGUAAGAUUCGUACCGAGAUGUCCGAGACGGAGGAGAUCAAGACGCCCCUCCAGCAAAAGCUGGACGAGUUCGGCGAACAAUUAUCGAAGGUUAUCUCGGUGAUCUGCGUGGCUGUCUGGGCCAUCAAUAUCGGACACUUCAACGACCCCGCGCACGGUGGAUCGUGGAUCAAGGGCGCCAUCUACUAUUUCAAGAUUGCCGUUGCUCUUGCCGUAGCCGCCAUCCCCGAAGGUUUGCCGGCCGUGAUCACCACGUGUUUGGCUCUGGGCACGCGUCGUAUGGCGAAGAAGAAUGCCAUCGUCCGAUCAUUGCCAUCCGUCGAGACCCUUGGCUGCACCUCCGUCAUAUGCUCGGACAAGACUGGUACAUUGACUACCAAUCAGAUGUCUGUCAGUCGUAUGUUCAUCUUCGACAAGAUCGAGGGGAACGACAGCAGCUUCCACGAGUUCGAGAUCACCGGCUCCACCUACGAACCGGUCGGUGAAAUAUUUUUGAGAGGCAAGAAGAUUCGCGGCCAAGACUACGAAACGCUCCACGAGAUCGGCACUAUCUGUAUCAUGUGUAACGAUUCCGCCAUCGACUUCAACGAAUUCAAACAAGCAUUCGAGAAAGUCGGCGAGGCAACCGAGACUGCCCUCAUCGUUCUCGCGGAGAAAAUCAAUCCUUACGGUGUCUCGAAGGGCGGGUUGGACAGGCGUAACGCGGCCAUCGCUGUAAGACAGGACAUAGAGACGAAAUGGAAGAAGGAAUUCACCUUGGAAUUCUCUCGCGACCGUAAAUCUAUGUCCUCUUACUGUUCGCCCUUGAAACCGACCAAAUUGGGCACCGGGCCCAAACUCUUCGUCAAAGGCGCCCCAGAGGGUGUGCUGGACAGGUGCACGCACGCCCGUGUCGGGUCUAACAAGGUCCCUCUCACGUCCACUUUGAAGAACCGCAUCUUAGAACUGACUCGCCAGUAUGGUACCGGCCGAGACACCCUGCGCUGCCUCGCCCUUGCCACUGCUGACCACCCCAUGAAACCCGACGAUAUGGAUCUUGACGAUUCCACCAAGUUCUACACGUACGAGAAGGAUCUGACGUUCAUCGGUGUCGUCGGUAUGCUCGACCCGCCUCGUAAGGAAGUAUUCGACUCCAUUGCCAGGUGUCGUGCCGCUGGUAUCCGCGUAAUCGUGAUUACUGGGGACAACAAGGCCACCGCGGAAGCUAUCUGCAGACGUAUCGGUGUGUUCGGUGAAAACGAGGACACGACCGGGAAGUCGUAUUCUGGGCGCGAGUUCGACGAUCUUCCUCCGUCUGAACAGAAGGCCGCCUGCGCCAGGGCUCGUCUGUUCUCCCGUGUGGAACCUGCUCACAAGUCUAAGAUCGUUGAGUUCCUGCAAAGUAUGAACGAAAUCUCGGCUAUGACAGGCGAUGGUGUGAAUGACGCACCCGCUUUGAAAAAAGCUGAGAUUGGUAUCGCUAUGGGUUCUGGAACCGCUGUUGCGAAAUCCGCAUCUGAGAUGGUAUUGGCCGACGACAAUUUCUCUUCCAUUGUCGCGGCUGUUGAGGAAGGUCGUGCGAUCUACAACAAUAUGAAACAGUUCAUUCGUUAUCUGAUUUCUUCCAAUAUUGGUGAAGUCGUAAGUAUAUUCUUGACUGCCGCCCUUGGUCUUCCCGAAGCUCUAAUCCCUGUACAACUUUUGUGGGUCAAUUUGGUCACUGACGGUCUUCCAGCUACUGCGCUUGGUUUCAAUCCACCCGAUUUGGAUAUCAUGAGCAAGCCUCCCCGUAAAGCCGACGAAUCUCUUAUUUCUGGCUGGUUGUUCUUCCGCUAUCUGGCUAUUGGCGGAUAUGUAGGUGCUGCGACUGUUGGCUCGGCUGCAUGGUGGUUCCUGUACAGUCCGAAUGGCCCACAGAUGAAUUAUUAUCAACUGACUCAUCACUUAGCGUGCAUGGGUGGCGGCGAGGAAUUCAAGGGCCUUAACUGUAAGAUUUUCACAGAUCCUCAUCCCAUGACGAUGGCUCUGUCUGUACUCGUAACCAUUGAAAUGUUAAACGCUAUGAACAGUUUAUCUGAGAAUCAAUCUCUCAUCACUAUGCCGCCCUGGUCUAACAUGUGGCUCAUUGCCUCCAUGGCUCUUUCUUUCACACUCCACUUUGUCAUCCUUUACGUCGAUGUCCUUUCGUCUGUAUUCCAAGUUACCCCACUGACGAGCGAGGAGUGGGUUACCGUUAUGAAGUUUUCCAUUCCAGUGGUACUUCUCGACGAAACCCUAAAGUUCAUUGCCAGAAAGUUUACAGAUGGUGAGAAUCCAAUUGACUCAGUGCAUUCGAUCGUUCUAAUGUGGGCUGUGUUCUUUGGACUAUUAAUUAUUUAUCCCAUAUAGAACGUCCGCGAAAACAAACAUUUAAUCUAACAGACAGUGUUUUUCCUAUGGAAAACAUUUUGCAAAUGAGUUCUCGGACUUGCAAUUGCAUUUAAACAAAAAACCGAAGUUCUUCCCCGUUGCCCGGGAAGCCUCGAAGAUAAGUUAUUAAUUGAAGUGCGUUUAAGUGAGAUUUUAACCAGUUUGACUGUUGUGCAUGGUGUUAGUACAACCAAUACAGAUUUGCCACCAAGGCCCACCAUGCCCGCAUCACACCGUACCCUGAAGUCGCUCUACAAUUAUAUUACGGGUUUCAGUGGCUUCGAGUGAUGAAAAAAAGACCCCGCGCAAUCAAAACAAUUGUGAUUGUUAAAUUAUUUUCUACGAGUGCCUUUUAAACAUUAACUUUUCCUUCCCGACAAAAAAGAAACAACAUCCAUCAAUGUUUUUUCUAACCUUGAUACAUUAGUAUAUCUGUUCCCUUAGCAAUCCCUUUUUUUCAACACGUAUACACCUUGCAUGGUACUUGAGCACAAUGCAUUUCUAAAACAUUAAUUUAUUCGUCAAUAAGUAAUCCUUAUGGAUUCUAAAUAAUUGCAUCUUACUGUUCUAUGUGUAUUAUACAUCUGACGAUGUCUUAGCGAUAACUUAAAUAUUUCUUUUUUUUUUUUCACAUUAAGUAAAAUAUUACAAUUAGAAUACCGAGAAUUGUUAUUUGAAUUAGUUAAAACAUCGACAGAAUAGAACCUUAGAAAGCAUGUUAUAUCAUCAUGUUUUACGGUAGUUCUGUUUUUGAACUUUUCUAACGCACAGCAGUUCACACUACACAGUUUUUUUUUUUUUUCAUUUUAGUUUAUUUGAAAAAUAUCCUUAAAUGUUUUAUAAUUUCCUUUUGUAAUUUAUUUCUAUUUUUAUUUAUCUUUUUACCUCUAUCUUUCUAUCUCUAACUGCUUUUAUUGUUGCUUAUUUUUUAAAAAUUUGUUAUUGUUUAUUAAUCCCCAGCAUCUGGAGUGAUCAAGACGUCAAAACUGGAAUUGUCCGCUUCGUUGCUAACGUGUGAACGCAGAGAUUGUGCAUGAAGUUCAGAAAUUAAUGGAUCUCAUGUUUGAACCUGUCUAUUAUUAUGUCUUCCUCCCUUCGACGAGUAAUUGCAUGCACAAUUGUAUUCUACCAAUGGCACAUCCCAACUAAAAGAAAGGAAAAAAAAAUAUUCACUCACCUCGUAGAACAAUCACUGUCAAUGGUUAGCAAAUCCUGCUGUGCUUCACCUAACUCAUCUCCACGAUGAUACUCAAUUGUUUCACCUGUUACAACUCUAUUAAUCGAUAUUUAGCCUGGUUCUCAAGUAAGACUCAACUACAACUAUUUACAGGUAAAGAAAUUAAAAUUUCUAUAUAUAUAUAUAUAUUUUUUUUAAUUAUCAUUGUUAUAAAUUACGUUGGCACGGCAGGAUCAUUCUAACAUUUUUGCACUAUCAUUGCAUCCACGCUAUUAUACCUUUACGUAUACCUUAUUGGGUGUGACUUAUAUAUAUAUAUAUGUUUGAAUGAUUAAUACCACGUAAUAGAUUUGUAAUAUUAUUAAUUUAUUAGACACGGAUUGCAAGAGUUUGUACGCGUAAGAAAAAAAAUCGAACUUUACGAUAAAUGUCACAAUCCGUGUCUCGUCGUAUUAAUCUCGUCCUUCUCUUAAUAUGGUAGUCUGAAUACGAGAACGCUCGAUGAGAAGGUACAUAUUCGUUCCUAUUGGCGACAAUGAUCGACGCUUCGUUUAUUCGACGAUUCGAGCAUUUGAAUCUCACGAUUUGACUCUUUCAUUAUGGAAUUAGAUAAGUAGAGGAAGAUAGUUUAAGUAAAUUUGAAUAAAUGAAGAAUUUGUAUGAAAGUAUGCGUUAUUAGACUAAUAAUAUUAACUUAACUUUAAUGAAUUUUCAAUAAAUCGAUAAUCACCGUAAUGAAAGAGUUGAAUACAUCAAUACGAAACGUUCAUUGUCCAACAAUUUACAUUCCUUGCAAAGAUAAUUAUGAUUAAUAUAUAAUAUAAUUGAUAAUGAAAAAAAAAAUUAUUUUAAAUGUAACGAACUAUCCCGGAUAAUAAUGUGUUAAAAUCUCUAAUAAUAAAUCUACCUUCUUUACUCUAAGCGUUAGCUCUGUUCUUCGAUCAACAGAACAAAUAGAUUUCUUUUAAAACAUUCAAAGUUAAUAUAUAUAGUUGAUUGCUAUAGUGAAUACAACACGAAUAUAUUGUUAUAUCUUGAAUUUGAUCAAUUCUUGCCACGUUAUUGAAGACUAGUGAAACAUUGUCCAACCUAACCUAACAUUUAUAUUCUCUCUUGUAGAUACUUUUAUAUGCCAUCAUCAAUUACUAUUUGUUCGCGUUGUUAUUUUAACAACAUAGUUAACGGUGUUGAAAUGUCGAGCAAUGUUUCGAGUUCAGACUUGCCAUCAGAGAUAGAAACAUACAUUCUAUAUUAUAAUACACGCGCCACAUGCGAACAAUGGAAGAUCCGGUGUCAUCACGAGUAUACGUGGGCCUUUUUAACGCAUCUAACUGUCUCUUAGUCAUUUCUCUCAUUCGAGGUUUUAUAAAUCAUACGGCGUUAGGAAGAUAAUAGAAGAUAAAUAAGUAAAUCGUUCGGCCAAAUCUUUUUUUGUUUCUUUUUUUUUUUUCUUUCUUUCUUUUUUUCUCUUGCGAGAAAGGAAAGCGAAAAAUAGUUAAAAUUAAAAAUCUGCCUCUCGACCAUAUGCAAAUGCAAUAAGACUGACGAUGUGGCUUCGAGAAGCGGUUUUAUGUGUGCUUUUUUUUUUUUCUUUUUACGUGUAGAAAAGACGAAGACGUUUCUCUCUUUUUUGCCCGUUUAAUUUUUUUUUUUUUUCUCCUUGUACGUCCACCGUUCGUGCGACGCGACGAAUGCAUAAUUAAUUUAAUUCUACGUAGCGUCAUCUGCAAUGUUUACGAUUAGUGUAAUAUAUAUAAAUAUAUAUUAAUUAUCGAUUAGGGUGUGAUACUACUUUUGGUAUAGGCAUAAUUAAACUUAAUUAGAUCCGUGAUGCAAGAAUCCGUGAAAAAAAAAAAAGAAAAAGAAAAAAAAGAAAAGAAAAAUAAUUUGUACGAUUUAAUCGUCCAUGCGUUGAAGCGUGCGCAUACCCUUUGCAUCGCUUUUUUCUAUUUUCAUUUUCAUUCGUUUCUCUUCCUUCUAUACCCUAUUCGACUAACUUGUGUUUUAAUCGAAAUAAUGGAAUUCACAUUUUGUACAGCGAGAUAUCUAUCGUCACGAGUAUCGGCACGAUCUUCUUCGACGAUUCUGUGCGAAAUGUAGGAACGAACAGAAACGUUUAACGUGUAAGAUGAAUUUAAUUAAGUGUUAAAUCUCUUGUUUUUUUUUCCUUUUUUUUUUUCCUUUUUUUUCCCUUUUUUUUCUUUCCUUUCGAUUUAAUUGCCUUACCAGCACAGAAAUAUCAGAAGCAUCACGAUGCCGAUACGAUCGGAGAAAAGAAAAAUUAAAAAUUGAAAAUGAAAAGAAAAAAAAAUAUAUAUAUGAAACAGUCUUAAUAGACGCUCAAUAAACGUUGAUGAACGAGAGAAAUUUUGUACUUUCUUGCGUUCACUCGACGUUUCGAACGUUUGUAAGUACUUGCAUAUCGUGUGGAUUGUGUUUUCUUUCUUUCUCGCUUUUAUUUCUUCUUCUUUCUUCUCAUUGUUUUCUUUCUUUUUUUUUUUUUUUUUUAUAUAUAUAUAUCUUACUUUCUUCCCUUUCUCUUACAAAAAAUCCGUGAAAAAAAAAUCGUGGAGCAGUAGAGAGUGCCAUCGACGAGAGAGAAAUCGAGCGAAGCGUUGGACAAGCGAUUUCGACUCGUGUUCGAAGUUAUAUCUUGUUCGAUCGGCGAUCGAAAGAGAAAUUAUUAUGAAUUCUAUUUUCACCUAUCCUGUAACUUAAACCGUCUCGUUCCUUCCAUAUCUGAAGAAGAUAUAACUCGAAACGGAUUAAUUUUGAAAUUAAAAGAGUAACGAAUAAAAAUUUGUGAAUCGAAAGAAAAUUCGUCCAACGCUUUGACCAACCUGAUAAAGUUACGAUGAUGAAAGCAUCGGUCUCAUCGUUCGUGCAGGAAGUACCUAUUUCUAAUGAUAAUAAUAAUAAUAUUAAUAAUAAUAAUAAUAAUAAUAAUAAUAAUAAUAAUGAUAAUUAAUAACUUAUGAUAGAGAGUGCGACUACUUGAAUGAUCAUUUUGAUGCUACUAUCAACCGUCACAGACGCACGUUAUGGCGAGCCACGGUGUGAUGAUCCUAAUUAAUCAAUGCCCGAAUAGUACGAAUUUAACGGUCUAACAGUAAUUACGAGACGAUCAUGUACACGAAAAAUGAAAAUAAUAAUACUUCAAAUCCGCGAAUUAUUCGCAAGAUCGUUGAUACGAAACAGAACGCUCUAUAUAUGAUGUAUACAUAUAUCGAUCGAUAACUGCGAAUCGACAGAAAACGGAACAUUCUUAUCGAUCGAGUUACAGGCGUACGGAUGUUCAGGGUACGAAUAUAUUCGAGAUCUGUUCUCGAGAAUAUUUUCUUACGAGUGGACAUCGAAUCGAAAGUACAAUAAUCACAUUUUCAACGCUGUGUCCAUUUUCGAAAAAAAUGUUCUCUUCGAGAACAAUUCUCAAUAGAUUUAUACCCUUAGUAAAAAGAAGAAAAAAGAAAAAGAAAAAGAGGUUUAUUUAUCAGUUUUUCUUUUAUUUAUUCGUGUACACGUACAUAUAUAUAUAUAUAUAUAGAUAUACAUAGAGGUUCGAAUCGAGAAACAAUUUAUAAGUGAAAGUAAAUAUUGCAUCGCGACUACGAUUAAUCUCGAUACUAUUAAAAUGACGGUUUGACGUAGUGCGUUAUUUGUUGUAAUAAAAAAAAAGAAAAGAAAAGAAAAAAAAAAAUAUUAAUGAAGGAACGUAAGAUCAUGUAUUAUUAAUGCGUGUUCGAAGUUUUCUAUGAUCGGCCUACUGUUUUACGAGUUUAGAAGAUCGCUCGAUUUUAAGAAUUACAAUAAUAGUAUAAUCUCGCUUAGAAAAAGAAAAAAGAAAAAAAUAGUGGCAUCUGCCGCGUGUAAGAACAUCGAACACUUAAUACAAUGUGAACUGUAAUAA